AGUGUUCUCUUGCUUCGCGCUGCAUUAUGUAUCGGUUUGUUUCGUCGGACUGAUACUCAAUUGCAAUUGUGCGCCGGUGAUUGGGAAUUAGAUGCUUGAAUUUCGAGCUGUGAUUGAGUAGAGCUUUAGAUGCGCCGGUGUUUGGCUCAUCAUGGACUGUGAACUCGAACUGGGAAUGUUUAGAUGUAUUCUUGUUCAUGUUGAGGGUUCGUGCUUGCGUGCGUCCCCCGCAGGUUUAGAUAGAUUGAAUGAUGAUUUCAUUUCAGGUCUCAGUUGAAGUUCAAGUGCUGUGUGCACUAUGCUUGGGUUUCUGUCUGGUGUUUUGCACUGUGUCCCUUCGGCCUCAAUGAGAAUGUGUGUCAUAUGUUGUUGGGUGAUUGGGGAUUAUUUGAUAAUGUUUUCUAGGCAAAUGUUGCAAGUUUGGUAGGAAUGCUUCAUGUAACGAUGCACAUGAGGUGUAGUAGGUUUCGACUUCCGAGUUUUUGUCUUCUAGAAGAUGAUCUUGUGAAUGUGCCUUGUAUUCCGGUUGGGUUUAGGAGAUUAUGAAUGGCGGGCCUAGGCUGUAAGUUACUGGAAAUUCUGAAGAUCCUUUUCCCGAUGAGAUGACAUGACUGUUCUAAAGAGGCAUGUGCUGAGGCUGUUCAUAUCCUUGAAGUACAUCACGGCGAAUGUCGUGGACCGGAAUGAUGGUCGGAUCGUGGCCACAGCAUCGACGGUCGAGCACUCCAUCAAGAACUCUCUGGAGUGUGGCAGGUCUUGCAAUGCUAAGGCCGCAGGUGUCGUCGGAGAGGUGUUGGCUAUGCGACUCAAGGUGGAAGGUCUCGAGCAGGGACUCGGGAGAGGCAUUCAUGUUGACAUAAACAAGGAGAUAGAGAAGAAAGGAUUCAAGAACAGAACAAAGAUCUGGGCGAUUGUCAAUGCUCUAAAAAACAAUGGUGUCAAACUCAUCCUCGAUGAGAAUGAAGAUGAUCCUCUUCGGCGGAGUUAUUAGACGGUUCCUUACUUUUCUCUUUCUCUGUAUGUGUAGUCUUGCCAUCUUGCUGAAAGCAGUGAGACAGAAAGACGAUUUGCACUGAGACUACAAUGACUUUAACGAGAUGUUUAUCUUUGGUCUCGAAUGAGCCUGUGCUGGAAUGUUGCUCCUUUGGCUCUC